AUGUCUUCCUCUUCAGCGUCUUCAUCCAAUAUGCCAGCAAGCUUUAUAAAUCCAGAGUCGGUUAUGGAUGCUCUCCCCAUCUCGCCUGAACGACGUUCACUUUUAACUCGACUGAAGAAUGACAAGUUGAGUAACCUGAGACCGCCUAGUGAAUUCUUUGAUAGAGAGAGGUUUUCCAAGCCGUCUGGAAUGGUUGAUAUCACCCAACGUCUAUCCUAUAAUCUAACUUACUUCCAAUCUAAUUAUAUUCUGGUUGUUCUUGGUUUACUCAUCUAUUGCUUAAUUACGAAUUUUUGGCUUUUAUUCACGAUCAUUUUCCUUGUUUUCGGACUUAACUUCAUUCGUAAACUCCCCCCAAAUGAGCCUUUUGUCUUCCAAUCGUUUGUGAUCACUCAAAAGCAACUUUAUUCUGGUCUCAUUUUCAUUUCUGUUCCUCUCUUGUGGAUCUCAUCUGCUGGGUCGGCCAUAUUCUGGAUCGUUGGUGCUUCUGCUGUCUUGGUUCUUGGACACGCUGCCUUCCUCGCGCCUGGAGUAGACAGUCAAUUUAAUCAAGUUUAA